AUGAAAUUAUAUAAAGAUUUAAUUGGUAAUUCCCAUGAUGAUCUAUUAACAGAUAGAUAUGAAAUAAAGGUUGGAGAUGUAACAUUUGAAGUAAAAACCAAAAUGAUUACAAAGGAUUUAAAUGUAGUUGUAAAUAAUAAUUCUUUAGGUGGAUCAAUUUCAACAACGGUUGAUAAUAAUAAUUCUAUUACAUUAUCAACAAAUUUAGAGGACGAAUUUGAAAAUGUUGAAGCAGCAGGUACAUUUCAAAUCAAUAAUUUAGUUGAACAAUUAAGAUUGGUUGAAACAUCAUUCGAUAAGAAAUCAUAUUUAGCCUAUAUGAAAUUAUAUAUCAAAGAUUUAAUCAACCAUAUCAAACAACAACCAUCGAAUUCAGAUAAUGAAAAAAUUGAACACAUUCAAAAAGGUAUACAAUCUUUUGUAAAAACAAUGAUGGAUGGUGAAAACUUUAAAAAGUAUUCUUUUUUCACUGGUUCAAGUAUGGAUGCAAAUGGUUUAGUUGCUUUAAUGUAUUAUAAAGAUGAUGAUCCAACUACUCCAACUUUUGUUUUUAUAAAAUAUGGUUUAUUACAAGUUGAUGUAUAA